AUGGGCCCGUUUGUGUAUGCUGAUGUGUUGGACUAUAAGAACCUCAGAGAGUUGGUGGUGAAUAACCGCAUCACCUGGCUGGUGCAUUACAGCGCUCUACUCAGUGUUGUGGGAGAGGCCAAUGUGGCCCUAGCACGCAAGAUCAAUAUCACAGGGCUUCAUAAUGUGCUGGACCUGGCUCUGGAGAGCUGUUUACGUCUCUUUGUCCCCAGCACCAUCGGAGCCUUUGGCCCUUCUUCUCCCCGUGACCCUGCACCUGACCUGUGUGUCCAGAGGCCUCGCACCAUUUAUGGGGUGUCCAAAGUGCAUGGCGAACUGAUGGGGGAGUAUCUUCAUCACAAGUAUGGACUGGACUUCCGCUGCCUACGCUAUCCUGGCGUCAUCUCAGCUAACACACAGACUGGGGGAGGAACAACAGACUAUGCUGUCCAGAUUUUUCAUGAUGCCCUCAGCACGGGUCACCACGAUUGCUAUUUACGCGCUGACACGCGACUGCCGAUGAUGCAUGUUGGUGACUGCCACCGUGCGACUGUGGAGUUCAUGCAGGCCCCGGAAUGCCAGCUGUCGCUGCGCACAUACAACAUCGAUGCCAUGAGCUUCACCCCUGAGGAAGUGGCCACGGAAAUCCGCAAGCACCUGCCCCACCUCAAGGUCACCUAUAACCCUGACUCUGUCCGCCAGACAAUUGCGGACAGCUGGCCGGUGAGGUUUGAUGACUCCAACGCACGGAGAGAUUGGGGCUGGAAGUCGACAUAUGGGCUUGAGGAGCUCGUCUCAGACAUGCUGAGCUCCAUCCGUGACAAGAGGACCAACGCCGGACUGCCAGUCAGCUAGCAGGUCCCGCCCACAGAGAGUGACCUACCAAUCACUAUUCCCUUAAGUCCGCUUCAGCCUGGGUCUGCCUAUCACAACAGACCCUCUUUCCUUUGCAUCAUCUCCAAACCAGGACUCUUCUGUAAAUCAGGAUAAAAAUACACCAAUAAACCAGGGACUAUUUUCAAACCUGUCAUCUUCAGCCAGAACCACUCAACUUUCCACAACAGUGGACACUGACACCACAGACACAGACACAGACACAGACACACACACACACACACACACACACACACACACACACACACACACACACACACACACACACACACACACACACACACACACACACUCACACUCACACUCACACACAAGUAACAGGCAACAAGCACACACUCUCAUAAUAGCAGCUUUACUCUUUUCAGGGAACCAUACUGUCAACCAUUCUCUUCUGUUGUGACUGUCUUCAGUUUAUGUUGUUUUAAAUGUGAUAGAGAAUUUUAAUAUCAUAGCAGGUUUAACAUAGGCCUUAAACGUCUGGGGGAAAUAGGCUUCAGGCAAAUUAUUUUACAUAUAGUUAGUCAUACCUUCAGUUUCCAGUAUCUCCAGUAUCUCAAAUGGUUUCAUUUACAUUCACAGUACGUCAUUUAGCAGUCUUAUCCAGAGCGAUUUACAGUUAGUGCAUUCAUCUUAACAUAGCUAGGGGAGACAACCACAUAUCACAGUCAUAGUAGGUACAUUUUUCCUUAAUAAAGAAGUUAUCAGCAAAGUUAGUGCUCAUAGGAAAUGUUCCUCCUUGCCUGCUGUAUUAGGGUAGUAUAGAGGGCACAGUGAUUUCCUUCCUGGCCUGCUGCGUUAGGGUAAUAUAGAGGGAACAGUGAAAUGACACAGGAGCAGUGAGAGAUAUAGGGACAACUAUCAGAAGAAAUAGAAAAUCCACAAUGUUUACAAAAGGCCUGCCUUUACAACACAACUUCAGUACAUUUUCAAACAUCUCCACAUUUCUUUACAGUUAGUGUGAUUUUGAGUACAAAUGGGUACCAAAUAAAUUCAGAAUUGAAGCCUUAUUUUUAAUUCACAACUAAUUAGAAAUAUAUUUGUGAGUAAUGAACAAAA